AUGGAUCGAUAUCUAUACAUCAAAAGGUUUAAAAUCGGAAUAGUGAUAUUAUGCGUUGAUUUGGAGCUCGAGGCCAAACACCGGGAUAAAUUGCUACAAGAACGUGAAACCUAUAAAGUAUAA